AAUUCCUCUCACUUUAUAUCACAGGAAAACAUGAAACUGUUCAUUGUAAUAAAUGUUGAGCGGCAUGUGAAAGAGAGAGACUCCAGCUCAGAGAAGAAUUAAAAACACUUGGUAACAAUUGCCUGACAUUACAGAGCCUUCUGAAUAAUCCUUCAGUAUAAACCUAAAGUAUAGAAAGUUCUCUUAAAUUACUUCGAAGUAAUGCAUUAGUAUAAUAGAAUAUAUAAUAAGUUGUUGUUUUUUUCCUUCUACGUCAACGCUUCACAUUCCAGCCCGGUAGGUGGCGGAAAUGCACCAAAAGUUGUUUUGCUAACCGCAAUAAACCCGCCCCCACAAAAAAGAAGAACGAUUGGUUGAUCCUGUUACGUGAUGACUCGACGAUCCAAUCAGCGUGCCUCUCACGCUAUAUGGCUAGCCAAUUCCGUAUAAGGAGGCGGGACUUUUGUUUCGGAAUACGGGUAAUGCGAGUUUUCUCCUCAGGAAUUUAAGGAGAAAAUAAAAACAAUCCAAAUAGAAAUAAAUAAAUAAAUCCGUUACAACAAUCGAAAUGUUUCAUAUAUUCGAGUCGACUCGGCAAGCUAGCAUAUUUUUCAGUGAUACUGCUAGUCGUUGUUUAGCAACAAGGCUGUGUCCCAAAUUGGUAUUUAAUCCCUAUAUAGGUGCGCUUAUUUAUUUAUGCAUGAUGUCAUAUCAUAUACCCUAUCUAGUGUAAGUACGUAACCAAAUUUGGGAUUGAGCCCAUCCACACUUUUUUUUUUUUUUUACCGUUAAGUAUACUCGUCGUAUUAUUGAACAGUUGACUUUUUAUACGUUAUAAACAUUUUACACUUUAUCUUUACAUAUUUAUUAAGAGGAUUCGUUUUGUUUUAUUCGGGCAUCUGAGACAAUCUGUUAUAAAGUUAUAAAUGCGGUAACGAAGCAACCAACUUUAAAAAUCCCCGGAAAUAAUUCCUUCAAAAUAAAAGUCCGUCUCGAGCGUGAUUAAAUUGAGUUGAACAUUUGAUUAAAAAAAAAAAAAGUUAUUAUUUUAAUUCCAUCACCUAGAACUUAAAAAAAAGUUGUAAAAAGAAGUCUUUUAUUUAUUUAUUUAUUUAUUUAUUUAUAUAUUUUGUAUUUUCGUUGCCAGUUAAAUCAAAGUGAAACACGCAGUUCAGUCUGAAAACAAGAUGGCGGCCUGUUUGUGUGUGUGCAAACUGCUGUGCUGAUCUUCUUUAUAAUCAUUCAUUAUUAUUAUUAAUAAUAAUAAUUUAUUAUUGCAAUAUACUCCAAUAUAUCAGUCCAGCUCUCACGUCGCUAUGGCGGACGUGACUCCUCCAGACUCCUCCAUCCUGAACGAGGAGUCCGACGUCCAACCGGGACCUCCACAGGAGAACCACCAAGACGACGAACCUACAGCAGAAAGCAUUAAUGAAGGAGAAGAGCAGGAAGGACGCAGCAGCUCCAACUUCUACCCCUACAUCAAGGAGGAUCUGUUCACCUCCGAGAUCUUCAAGGUGAAGAUCCAGAACCUGCCCAAGAACAUCAGCUUCAACGACCUGAAGAGGUUCCUGAACAAACAGUGGCUGAACCCGCACAAGAUCAAGCUGAUGGGGAAGCAGAACUUCGCCUUCGUCACCUUCAAAAACCAGAAGGACCGCGACAAGGCCAUGAAUCUGGUCCAUGGCGUGCAGUGGAAGGGGAGAUACCUGAGCGUGCGCCUGGCCCAGCCCAAAGCCGACCCCCUCCUCAGGAAGCGCAGGCAGGAUGAAGAGGCGGCGGACGGAGGACAGCCCGCUGCCAAACGUCUCGCCGAGGGACACGACGGCGCCGAGGACGAACCCCUCAGCGUCCGGAUCGCCAACGCGGUCACGCCCCUGUGGCAGGUCCCCUAUGACGAGCAGCUCAGUAGGAAGGAGCGCGAGGCGGAGGAGAUCCUGCACACGCUCACCAGGGAGAUAGGUAACAGUAAUAAGGCCAUGCUGCCGUGGCUGUUUGCGCAGAAGGAGAGGAAUAAAGGUGUGUGCUGUCCGCUCGAGCCCAUCAAACCCUCACCUGUACAGACGGAGUACAGGAAUAAGUGCGAGUAUGUGAUCAGUGUCGGUGCGGAUGGAGAGGAUAAGACGGUGGGUUUUCGCUUGGGGAAGUAUAAAGGAGGUUCGUGCGCCGUGGUGAGUCCCUCAGACACCAUCCACGUCCCUGCAGCAGCCAAACGCGUCGUCCUCACCUUCCAGAACUACAUCAGAACGACUCCGUAUGCCGUGUACAGUCCGGAGAGGUACGAGGGCCACUGGAGGCAGCUCACCGUCCGCACCAGCAGAACCAACCAAAUAAUGGCCAUGGUCUUCUUCCAUCCACAGAAACUGCCGGAGGACGAGAUAGCGUCUCUGAAGGAGUCUCUGAGACGCUAUUUUACAGACGGAGAGGGGAAGGACAGCGGCGUCACGUCUCUGCAGUUCGUAAGAAUGGGACAGAGGACGUCUGCAGGGACGGAGGAUCUGCCGUGCGAGCUGGUGGCCGGUGACGCCUGGAUCCACGAGGAGCUGCUCGGCCUCAGAUUCCGCAUUUCUCCUCACUCUUUCUUCCAGACGAACACUCUGGCAGCGGAGGUGCUGUACUCGUCUGUAGGUGAAUGGGCUCAGCUGGACCAUGACAGCACCUUGCUGGACGUCUGCUGUGGAACAGGAACCAUCGGCAUCUCUCUGGCCAAGAGAGUGAGGAAGGUGAUCGGAAUCGAGCUGUGUCAGGAGGCGGUGAACGACGCUAAAGUGAACGCACAAGCUAACGGUUUGACCAACAUUGAGUUCCACUGUGGUAAAGCGGAGGACAUUUUCCCCACCGUACUCAACGCCGUGGUGUCUCCUAAUGUUACUGCUAUUGUAGAUCCUCCACGAGCAGGACUGCAUUCCCGGGUGAUUCUGGCGAUCAGGCGGGCGGAGCACCUGAAGAGGCUGGUGUACGUCUCCUGUAACGCUAAAGCAGCCAUGAACAACUUCAUCGAUCUGUGCAGAGCUCCGUCUAACCGAGUCCACGGAGCGCCGUUCCGUCCGGUGCGAGCGAUGGCCGUGGACCUGUUCCCUCAGACCAUGCACUGCGAGACCGUCCUGCUGUUCGAGAGGGUCGACUACCGCUGACGCCGCCGAGAACCGAGACUAAAGCCGACGCUUAAUCUCAUGAAGCUCAGAAAUCUAGCUACAGCGGCUAGUGAUGAAUUGUGUGUUAUUACAGUCAUUAGCAUCUCAUUUACAUGUUUAGCCUUUACUACGUUUUAUUUUCUCGAAGUAGCGCCAGCGUCGUCUCGAGGCGCACAAUUUUAAGUUCAACCAUUUUGUAAAACCUUUUUAAAAAAACGCAGACACAAAAUCCUGUUUGUUUUUUUCUGACCCGGAAAUUAGCUCCGCCCCCUUUCCUUUACUGGCGUUAAAAAAAAAAAAAAAGUGCAGUUUUAGUAAAAGGGGUUUGGAUUAUCCAUCUCACUGUCAGCACCGCACCUUCUACACACCAGAGCGGGCAAGAGUUACAUACUGCUACUUUAAUUUUCUUAUUGUACAUUUAAAACAAAAUUGAAAUGACACGAAUAAAGAAUGAGAAAUGUCUGGUUACA